CUGACACGUAGUGCCAGCCUAUCAGAGAAGGAGUUGAAGGAGGCGAGGGUGAGGUCACAGAUCAUCGCGGCCCAGCUGACCGUCCCGUCUGGCUGCUCCAACUCCCGCGGCGUCCAGCUCUUCAACCGCCGCAAGAAGAGGGUCAACGCCUUCACGCUAGAGAGCUGCGGGGAAAGAACGAGGGAAGUGGAGAGAGAGGAGAGAGACGGAGAUACCAGGAACAACAACCUGCCAUGGGAGGAGGAGAAGGAGGGUCCUAGUGAGGGGACAGAGACAGACGGACAACUGAACUGGAAGAACAGCAGCGGGAUAAAACCACCACUCUGGUCGCCACCCUCUGGAAGUGAGGUCACAGGAAGUGACAUCAUGGAGGACCCAGGUGACGAGCACAUCUAUGAGGAAGUGGAUACAGUGAUACAGGAGAGACACUUCCAGCCGGUGAACGAGAGACAAGGGGAGGAGGAAGAGAGGAGUGGAGAGAGAGAAAGAGAGGAGAUAUAUGAGGAUAUUGAGGGUGAAGUAAAGGAUGAGAUUAUACCAGUAAAUGACAACAACACUGGUCCAGCUCCCCCUGAGACCCGUAAUGGCUUCCACAGCACCCAGGGCUCUGCUGGAGAGAUCCAGAAUGGCGGGCGAGUUUCUAUGUCCCUGUCCAGACAGACCCCCACCAUCGUCAACCGGACAGCCAGACCCUUCUUCUCCCCACCCACCGUACAUCCCAAGUCCCCAGAGGCAAGGAGUCCCGUCAUGGAUAACAACAUACCCCCAGCCCCCUCCUAUCCUACCCCCACCCUUCCCCCAGCUCCCUCCUACUCCACUCCCCCUCUGCCUCCUUUCACCGCCACUCGCCCUGUAGUCUUCUCUCCUCCUCCCCCUCCUCCCUCAUACCCCAUGCCUCCUCUCCCAGCCUUCCCCAUCCAUCCUCCUCCUCCCUCCCAGUCUCUCUCCAGUCCUCCCCCCAUGUCUACCGUCAUGUUUCCUAGGUCUACACCCGUCCCCCAGUACAACCCUCCUCCUACAGCUGCCCCAGUGCCCCAGUAUCUACCCCCCAACCCUCCUGUCACCCGAUACAUCCCUCCUCCAACCUCCCCUAGACCCAACACCUUUGUCCCCUUCACCCCUCAGCCUAUUGGCCAACAGAACCAGCAGCAGCCAAUCAAAACGGGCAUCCUGGAGGAAGGGGCGGCGGCCAUCAGACGAUCGUCGACAGCCAGGAAGUCCAUGUUCACCUUUAAGGAGAAGCAUGUCAUGGCACCCAACCCUGAACUCCUCUCCCUGGUCCAGGGGAAUGAUGAUAGGAAGAAGCACGGCCUCCGCUCCGUUCCCGACCCAGCCCCAGAGGAGGAGCUGCUGGCUCUGGGGGCCGAGGCCUCUAACUUCCUAGCGAGGGAGGAGGUGAAGGCGGAGGCUGCCAAGGUGCCGGAGUGGUCCUCCUGUCUCAAGAGCUCCAGGACCAGGGAGCCCAGAGGGCAGCACCAGCCAGAGCAGAACCUGACCAACGCAUCAGGGAAGGGGGCCGAGCUGUUCGCGAAACGCCAGUCCAGGAUGCAGAAGUACGUAGUGGAGAAUCAGAAUGUCUCCGGUGGUGGAGGUGGUCAGAUGAGGUCUCCGUCUCCCACCGUGUCUCUGCCGCCGUCUUGGGUCUACCCAUCUAAUAUGCCUGGCCGGGUCAAAGCUAUCGCUAACAACACUGACCUCAGCGCCAGGCUGACCCAGACCCUCCAGACCCCUCAGUCUGGGAACAGGAGGCCUAGCCAGCAGGCUCCAACCCCGGCCCCGGUCCCCGAGGAACCACCCCUGGAGAACGGCUGCACCAAGAUAGAGAUGGAACUCUCCAGGCACCAGCCCUACCAGCUCAACUCCUCCCUGUUCAUCUUCAACCCAGUCCAGGACUCUACAGGCACCCUGCUGAGCGCUCUGCCCCGGGGGGCCCCGCCACCACCCAAACCCCUGGUCUCAGCUGAGGCCUACUCCAGGCAGGCCUCCGUGCCCUCCUCCAACCCUCCAUCACACAACUACAACAGCCUGCCCCACUUCAGGCCUACCCUGUCCCCAUCACUUCAGCCCCCAUCAGGAGGAAUUGGAGGUGGGGAUUACUAUCCUCCACAACACGGGGGGACUCCACAGCUGAGGGACCCCAGGAUCACCUCUCCUGUCUCUGCCUUCUCUCCGGAGAGAGUGGCCUCUCCUCGGUCGGGCGUCCAGGCACCCAGACCCACCUUCUCUGCCAAGAGGGCAGGGAUCGAACCCCAGGUGUGGAGGCCUUCUUUCUUCUUCUACCGAUAGAUCUACUCUUUAACUGUGUUAACACGACCAAAGUACAACAGAUAGACAGACAGGAAGAGCCUUAUGUUACUAUAUUGCACGCAUUAGAUUUUUUUGGAUACCUAAGGUUAGACGUCACUGUUUAUGUUAUUUCACAGUACAAAGCUCAGCAUAGAUUAUUUCUCUACACCUAAAGCCAAAGUCUUUGGUUGGAGUUCCUUGUGGAAUCUUGAUUUCAUGGUUUGAAUUUAUGCUGCUUCAUUAGUGGUUAAAGAAAACAAGUCUGCUAUGCAACUGACAAACACCCUCUGUAUGCUAUAGUUUCAGAGCUCAAAUCCCAAAAAUCUAAGGAACAUUAUUUAAUGUCGGUUAACAGGGGAAUAGUUGCCAAAUAGUACCAAAUAUAAACACCACUGAGUGCACUUGAGCGUUGAAAAAGCCCCAUAUUCUGUCAGCUCCUAAAGCACUUUGGGAUGAGAAAUCGGUUCACACCCUUUCCAGUGUUUUUCCCCUUGAAGUCUCCAGAAAGACUUGAGAGAGAGAGAGAAGAGAGAGAGGAAGAGAGUGGGAGAGAGAGAGAAGAGAGAGAGGAAGAGAGUGGGAGAGGAAGAGAGUGGGAGAGAGAGAGAAGAGAGAGAGGAAGAGAGUGGGAGAGAGAGAGAAGAGAGAGCGAGAAGAGAGAGAGAGAGGAAGAGAGUGGGAGAGAGGAAGAGAGUGGGAGAGAGAGAAGAGAGAGAGAGAGAGAGAGAAGAGAGUGGGAGAGAGAGAGAAGAUAGAGUGGGAGAGAGAAAGAAGAGAGAGAGAGGAAGAGAAUAGCAGAGACCAACAAAGAAAAGAGACACAAAGCCCUUUAACAGAUGCUCUGGCAUCUAUUUUAUGAUCUAUGAUUUUGUAAUUGAGUACAAGCUUACAGACAUGAAAGUAUCAGGCAGGGAACUCCCUUAAUGUCUCUGUCUCUACAGGGGAAUAUAGACUGACUACUGUUUGAAAUGGCGCCCUAUUCCCUUGAUAGUGCACUACCAGGGCCCAUAGGGCUCUGGUCAAAAGUAGUGCACUACAUAGGAAAUAGGGUGCAAUUUGGGAUGCAUCCCUAGACUUCUAUUUCUCAGUUUCUCUGCCCUUAGACGAGAACUACCAAAUUAUAUACUACUACCACUGUCCUGUGAGCCCUGGCUCUGAGGCCAUUGAUGUCAGUCAUUUACAGACUGCUGCAUGCCGUUUGACGUAAUGUAACUUAAAUGGUUUUACGACCCCGACUGAGCAAUAAUUUCAGGUGAAGUGUUUAUACAUAGAACAACAUAGAAUGAAAAUAUAACUCAAAGAGUGUUUUCAGAUUUACGAUGUUGAUCACUAAAACCAAAUAGGGGAGGCUCAAAAACAUACAAGUGUUUGGAGCUAGUGGUCAAUAAUAACAAUGAAACGUUUCCUAAUUUCUUUUUAUCUCUGACGCACUCAUUUCUGAUUCGUAGAAACAACAAUAUAGAAUACAAAUAUCUUUAGAGUGUUUUCAGAUUCACAUUGUUGAUCACUAAACCAGCUAGCUGACAACAAGGACUAUGGUUUCUCUGUUUCUCUAUUCAUUUAUGCACUGAUUUCUGUUUCUGUAUCUAUAAACUUCUCUGUUUCUGUUUCUCUCCUGAUUAAAGCUUUAUCCUUUCUCUUUCCUUUCCUUCUUGUCUUCUGUUUCUUCCUGCUGUUUUCCACUCAUCUACCUUUAUAACGCGUUCUGUUCUUUAGCUGCCCUGACUUUUCCAUAAUGCUUUUCUAUUGCCAUAGUUUGCUGAAGCAUAUAGUACAUUGACCAAAUGUAUAUCUCUGCAGGGAAACAUUUGAAAGUAGUUAAUAGACACAGAACAAAUGUAUAUUCCUGAAGGCUAACACCCAGUUUAAAACUCAAAGAGCCGGCAGAGUGUACAACAGCUUGCAUCAAUGCAAAACCAACAAUCAGCCUUUUUAAGAAGUAACAGUUUUAAAAGAUUCUCCCUGAAGGGAAAGAAAACACCCUGUACAAUAGGAGUGAUCACACUGAAUUCCACAACCUGGUUUUUGUGAAGGAAGGGUCUUAGCUUUCUAAAACCCCCCGAGGGUUAAAAGCAUUCAGACAAAUGGUUUGACCCAUGGCCCCUACAUUCAAAAGAAUGGUAUGACCCACUGGCCUUUCUUGUCUGGCAUGAAAACACUCCAGGCUCAAGGUACAAGUUACCCUUAGGGCCUAGGUAGGUACAGAUCCAGGAUCAGCCUACUCUUUCCAAAUCCUAACCUUCACCAUUAUGGAGUAGAACGCAAUCUGUCAAAACUGACCUUAGAUCAGUCUAUCCUGUCUAUACACACCAUUCACAAACAUUACCAGUCAAAGGUUUGGACACACCUUCUCAUUCAAAGGUUUUUCUUUAUUUUUACUAUUUUCUACAUUGUAGAAUAAGGGUGAAGACAUCAAAACUAUGAAAUAACACAUAUGGAAUCAUGUAGUAACCAAAAAAGUGUUAAACAAAUCAAAAUAUAUUUUAUAUUUGAGAUUCUUCAAAUAGCCAACCUUUGCAUUGAUGACAGCUUUGCACAAUCUUGGCAUUCUCUCAACCAGCUUCAUGAGGUAGUCACCUGGAAUGCAUUUCAAUUAACAGGUGUGCCUUCUUAAAAGUUAAUUUGUAGAAUUUCUUUCCUUCUUAAUGCGUUUGAGCCAAUCAGUUGUGUUGUGACAAGGUAGGGGGGGUAUACAGAAGAUAGCCCUAUUUGGUAAAAGACCAAGUCCAUAUUAUGGCAAGAACAGCUCAAAUAAGCAAAGCGAAACGACAGUCCAUCAUUACUUUAAGACAUGAAGGUCAGUCAAUACGGACCAUUUCAAGAACUUUGAAAGUUUCUUCAAGUGCAGUCGCAAAAACCACCAAGUGCUAUGAUGAAACUGGCUCUCUUGAGGACCGCCACAGGAAUGGAAGACCCAGAGUUACCUCUGCUGCAGAGGAUACGUUCAUUAGAGUUACCAGCCUCAGAAAUUGCAGUCCAAAUAAAUGCUUCACAGAGUUCAAGUAACGGACACAUCUCAACAUCAUCUGUUCAGAGGGGACUGUGUGAAUCAGGCCUUCAUGGUCCAAUUGCUGCAAAGAAACUACUACUAAAGGACACCAAUAAUAAGAAGAGACCAGCUUGGGCCAAGAAACACGAGCAAUGAACAUUAGACCGGUGGAAAUUUGUCCUUUGGUCUGGAGUCCAAAUUGGAGAUUUUUGGUUCAAACCGCCGUGUCUUUGUGAGACGCGGUGUGGGUGAACGGAUGAUCUCCGCAUGUGUAGUUCCCACUGUAAAGCAUGGAGGAGGAGGUGUUAUGGUGUGGGGGUGCUUUGCUGGUGACACUGUCUGUGAUUUAUUUAGAAUUCAAGGCACACUUAAUCAGCAUGGCUACCACAGCAUUCUGCAGCGAUAUGCCAUCCCAUCUGGUUUGGACUAUCAUUUGUUUUUCAACAGGACAAUGACCCAACACACCUCCAGGCUGUGGAAGGGCUAUUUUACCAAGAAGGAGAGUGAUGGAGUGCUGCAUCAGAUGACUUGGCCUCAAUCCCCCGACCUCAACCCAAUUGAGAUGGUUUGGGAUGAGUCGGACGGCAGAGUGAAGGAAAAGCAGCCAACAAGUGCUCAGCAUAUGUGGGAACUCCUUUAAGACAGUUGGAAAAGCAUUCUAGGAGAAGCUGGUUGAGAGAAUGCCAAGAGUGUGCAAAGCUGUCAUCAAGGCAAAGGGUGGCUAUUUGAAGAAUCUCAAAUAUAAAAUAUAUUUUGAUUUGAUUAACACUUUUUUGGUUACUACAUUACAUUUACAUUUACAUUAUUUAGCAGACACUCUUAUCCAGAGCGACUUACAUUUACAUUUUACAUUUUCGUCAUUUAGCAGACGCUCUUAUCCAGAGCGACUUACAAAUUGGUGCAUUCACCUUAUGAUAGCCAGUGGGACAACCACUUUACAAUUUUUUUAUUUGUAUUUUUAUUAAUUUUUUUGGGUUGGGAUAAGGGGGGGGGGGGGGGGGGGGGGGUAGAAUGAUUACUUUUUCCUAUCCCAGGUAUUCCUUAAAGAGGUGGGGUUUCAAGUGUCUCCGGAAGGUGGUGAGUGACUCCGCUGUCCUGGCGUCGUGAGGGAGCUUGUUCCACCAUUGGGGUGCCAGAGCAGCGAACAGUUUUGACUGGGUUGAGUGGGAACUGUGCUUCCGAAGAGGUAGGGGGGCCAGCAGGCCAGAGGUGGAUGAACGCAAUGCCCUCAUUUGGGUGUAGGGACUGAUCAGAGCCUGAAGGUAUGGAGGUGCCGUUCCCCUCACAGCUCCGUAGGCAAGCACCAUGGUCUUGUAGCAGAUGCAAGCUUCAACUGGAAGCCAGUGGAGUGUGCGGAGGAGCGGGGUGACGUGAGAGAACUUGGGAAGGUUGAACACCAGACGGGCUGCGGCGUUCUAGAUGAGUUGUAGGGGUUUAAUGGCACAUACAGGGAGCCCAGCCAACAGCGAGUUGCAGUAAUCCAGACGGGAGAUGACAAGUGCCUGGAUUAGGCCCUGUGCCGCUUCCUGUGUAAGGCAGGGUCGUACUCUGCGAAUGUUGUAGAUCAUGAACCUACAGGAUCGGGUCACCGCCUUGAUGUUAGCGGAGAACGACAGGGUGUUGUCCAGGGGCACGCCAAGGCUCUUCGCACUCUGGGAGGAGGACACAAUGGAGUUGUCAACCGUUAUGGCGAGAUCAUGGAACGGGCAGUCCUUCCCCGGGAGGAAGAGCAGCUCCGUCUUGCCGAGGAUCAGCUUGAGGUGGUGAUCCGUCAUCCACACUGAUAUGUCUGCCAGACAUGCAGAGAUGCGAUUCGCCACCUGGUUAUCAGAAGGGGGAAAGGAGAAGAUUAAUUGUGUGCCGUCUGCGUAGCAAUGAUAGGAGAGGCCAUGUGAGGAUAUGACAGAGCCAAGUGACUUGGUGUAUAGCGAGAAUAGGAGAGGGCCUAGAACUGAGCCCUGGGGGACACCAGUGGUGAGAGCACGGGGUGCGGAGACAGCUUCUCGCCACGCCACCUGGUAGGAGUGACCUGUCAGAGAGGGUGGAGAGGAGGAUCUGAUGGUUCACAGUAUCAAAGGCAGCAGAUAGGUCUAGAAGGACGAGAGCAGAGGAGAGAGAGUUAGCUUUAGCAGUGCGGAGAGCCUCCGUGACACAGAGAAGAGCAGUCUCAGUUGAAUGACCAGUCUUGAAACCUGACUGGUUUGGAUCAAGAAGGUAAUUCUGAGAGAGAUAGCAAGAGAGUUGGCUAAAGACGGCACCCUCAAGAAUUUUGGAGAGAAAAGAAAGAAGGGAUACUGGUCUGUAGUUGUUGACAUCGGAGGGAUCGAGUGUAGGUUUUUUGAGAAGGUGUGCAACUCUCGCUCUCUUGAAGACGGAAGGGACAUGGCCAGCGGUCAAGGAUGAGUUGAUGAGGGAGGUGAGGUAAGGGAGAAGGUCUCCGGAAAUGGUCUGGAGAAGAGAGGAGGGGAUAGGGUCAAGCGGGCAUGUUGUUGGGCGGCCGGCCGUCACAAGUCGCAAGAUUUCAUCUGGAGAGAGAGGGGAGAAAGAAGUCAAAGCAUAGGGUAGGGCAGUGUGAGCAGGACCAGCAGUGUCAUUUGACUUAACAAACGAGGAUCGGAUGUCGUCAACCUUAUUUUCAAAAUGGUUGACGAAGUCAUCCACAGAGAGGGAGGAGGGGGGGAGGGGGAGGAGGAUUCAGCAGGGAGGAGAAGGUGGCAAAGAGCUUCCUAGGGUUAGAGGCAGAUGCUUGGAAUUUAGAGUGGUAGAAAGUGGCUUUAGCAGCAGAAACAGAGGAAGAAAAUGUAGAGAGGAGGGAGUGAAAAGAGACCAGGUCCGCAGGGAGUCUAGUUUUCCUCCAUUUCCGCUCGGCUGCCCGGAGCCCUGUUCUGUGAGUUCGCAAUGAGUCGUCAAGCCACGGAGCAGGAGGGGAGGACCGAGCCGGCCGGAAGGAUAGGGGACAUAGAGAGUCAAAGGAUGCAGAAAGGGAGGAGAGGAGGGUUGAGGAGGCAGAAUCGGGAGAUUGGAGGGAGAAGGAUUGAGCAGAGGGAAGAGAUGAUAGGAUGGAAGAGGAGAGAGUAGCGGGAGAGAGAGAGCGAAGGUUGCAACGGCGCAUUACCAUCUGAGUAGGGGCAGAGUGAGUAGUGUUGGAGGAGAGCGAGAGAGAAAAGGAUACAAAGUAGUGGUCGGAGACUUGGAGGGGAGUUGCAGUGAGAUUAGUAGAAGAACAGCAUCUAGUAAAGAUGAGGUCAAGCGUAUUGCCUGCCUUGUGAGUAGGGGGGGACGGUGAGAGGGUGAGGUCAAAAGAGGAGAGGAGUGGAAAGAAGGAGGCAGAGAGAAAUGAGUCAAAGGUAGACGUUGGGAGGUUAAAGUCACCCAGAACUGUGAGGGGUGAGCCAUCCUCAGGAAAGGAACUUAUCAAGGCGUCAAGCUCAUUGAUGAACUCUCCAAGGGAACCUGGAGGGUGAUAAAUGAUAAGGAUGUUAACCUUGAAUGGGCUAGUGACUGUGACAGCAUGGAAUUCAAAUGAGGAGAUAGACAGAUGGGUCAGGGGAGAAAGAGAGAAUGUCCACUUGGGAGAGAUGAGGAUUCCUGUGCCACCACCCCGCUGACCAGAUGCUCUCGGGGUAUGCGAGAACACAUGGUCAGACGAGGAGAGAGCAGUAGGAGUAGCAGUGUUUUCUGUGGUAAUCCAUGUUUCCGUCAGCGCCAAGAAGUCGAGGGACUGGAGGGUAGCAUAGGCUGAGAUGAACUCUGCCUUGUUAGCCGCAGAACGGCAGUUCCAGAGGCUGCCGGAGACCUGGAACUCCACGUGGGUUGUGCGUGUAGGGACGACCAGAUUAGAGUGGCAGCAGCCACGCGGUGUGAGGCGUUUGUAUAGCCUGUGCGGAGAGGAGAGAACAGGGAUAGACAGACACAUAGUUGACAGGCUACAGAAAAUGGCUACAAUAAUGCAAAGGAGAUCGGAAUGAAAUUAACUAAACAUCUGGGAAAGCGAGAGAGCGGGGCCUCCCUCACUUACGUUUCACUGAAACACCCAAGCACUACAUGAUUCCAUAUGUGUUAUUGCAUAGUUCUGAUGUCUUCACUAUUAUUCUACAACGUAAAAAAAAUCCCUUGAAUGAGUAGGUGUGUCCAAACUUUUGACUAGUACUGUAUAUUUAUAUUCUGGACUCUGACAUUGCUCUUUCUGAUAUGUCUUAAUUUCUUGUACUUUUUAAAAAAUCGUUUGGAUUAUGUGUGUAUUUUUAUUGUAAUGCUAGAUAUUACUGCACUGUUGGAGCUGGAAACAUAAGCAUUUCGCGGCACCUGCGAUAACAUCUGCAAAACUGUGUACGUGACCAAUAAACUUUGAGUGGUCUAAGGCUGUGCCACUAGAGAUCCUGGUUCGAGUCCAGUCUUGUAACAGCAGAUCUACAUUACCAAGCUCUUCAGGAGCCUAUGGAACAGCAGACCUACCAAGCUCUUCAGGAGGCUAGGGAACAGCAGACCUACCAAGCUCUUCAGGAGGCUAGGGAACAGCAGACCUACCAAGCUCUUCAGGAGGCUAGGGAACAGCAGACCUACCAAGCUCUUCAGGAGCCUAGGGAACAGCAGACCUACCAAGCUCUUCAGGAGCCUAGGGAACAGCAGACCUACCAAGCUCUUCAGGAGGCUAGGGAACAGCAGACCAUACCAAGCUCUUCAGGAGCUAGGGAACAGCAGACCUACCAAGCUCUUCAGGAGCCUAGGGAACAGCAGACCUACCAAGCUCUUCAGGAGCCUAGGGAACAGCAGACCUACCAAGCUCUUCAGGAGCCUAGGGAACAGCAGACCUACCAAGCUCUUCAGGAGCCUAGGGAACAGCAGACCUACCAAGCUCUUCAGGAGGCUAGGGAACAGCAGACCUACCAAGCUCUUCAGGAGGCUAGGGAACAGCAGACCUACCAAGCUCUUCAGGAGCCUAGGGAACAGCAGAUCUACCAAGCUCUUCAGGAGGCUAGGGAACAGCAGACCUACCAAGCUCUUCAGGAGGCUAGGGAACAGCAGACCUACCAAGCUCUUCAGGAGCCUAGGGAACAGCAGACCUACCAAGCUCUUCAGGAGCCUAGGGAACAGCAGACCUACCAAGCUCUUCAGGAGGCUAGGGAACAGCAGACCUACCAAGCUCUUCAGGAGGCUAGGGAACCCAGAUCUACAGUACCAACCUCUCUACUCUAGUUUAACAUUAUCAUAGCAUCUUACAUUCAUGUCUCUUUAACCUAGUUUAACAUUAUCAUAGUGUCUCACAUUCAUGUCUCUUUACCCUAGUUUAACAUUAUCAUAUUGUCUCUUUACCCUAGUUUAACAUUAUCAUAGUGUCUUACAUUCAUGUCUCUUUACCCUAGUUUAACAUUAUCAUAGUGUCUAUUUACCCUGGUUUAACAUUAUCAUAGUGUCUCUUUACCCUGGUUUGACAUUAUCAUAGUGUCUCUUUACCCUAGUUUAACAUUAUCAUAGUGUCUCUUUACUUUCACAUGUCUUUUUACUCUUUAUUCUGUCUCCACAGAUGAGGAAGGAUUCUCCUCCGACCCUGACCCCCACCACCACCCCCACCCCCACCCCCACUCCCACUCCCACUCCCACCAGGACACCGCAGUUCAGCCGUCGGUUCAGCAGCCCAGAGGGACCCCCCACCCACAGUGGAGUCUGGUCCCCAGCCCCCCAGACCACCAUCACCUCCUCCUCCUCUUCCAGGCCCCUCCACCAGGUGACGGCCACCUCCACAGCCACCUCCCCUUUCUCCCCACCCUGGGAGACGAGGUGCAAGUCCCCCGCGGUGGUCAACCAGACCACCAAACCCUUCUCCACAGCCUCUUUAUCCAGGCCUAAACCAUCCAUUGCCACCUCACCUGUAUCGCCUAGAUCUCCCUGGGGGUCCCGCUGUCAAUCCCCUAACAUCAACCAGACAACCAAGCCUUUCUCCACCACCAUCUCCAACUCUUCCUCCUCCAGACCCUCUCACCCAGGCACCAUCACCUCUCCUCUCUCCCCCUCACCCCUGUCCCCUCCCUGGGGUUCCAGAUGCCAGUCUCCCAUCGUCAGCCCCAGCCCAAACAACUCCAAGGCAAACCAUCGCCUGUUAGCCAAGAACAUCAUCAAUGCGGCCAAACGUAAAAACAGCCCGUCCCCAGGUGCUCUGAGCGGCCACAAUCUCCCAAUCUCCCCACUAGGUGGCAACACCACCCACCAGCAUCACCAGGGCUACGACCACCAGCACCACCACAGCAGCAGCAGCUCCAAACCCCCCUUCAGUCCCUACCAGUCCAGGGCCAUGGGGUGCCAGUCUCCCCACUUCGCCAGCCCUCCUCCCACCCCUACAGGGGUGAUCCGGUCCCCGGUAAGGCUCUACAACACCAGGUCCCUCACUGACUCGGAUGCUUCGGUGGAGUCGGAGGACUCUGGGCUGAGGUCUCCAGGACUGCAGCGUACCCACAACACCUGUCCCCGGGGCUGGGGCGGCAGCCUGAGGGUGAAGAGGGGCAGUGUUGGCACCGACCUA